CGUAAUUAAGGCUGCCUUGGCGUAUGCCUGUCUCUUUGUCUUUCUACAGUGUCAUCGAGGUCCUGGCAGAUUUUAGGUGUCUUCGGCCCUCGCCUGCUAGUCUGCUUUCCUCGGUGCUGUCAGCUUACUGCUGGGUCUCUGCUCCGUUCCUGACAUGGCUGAUGACACGGAGCGAUCUGAUGGCCGCAUCGUCAAGAUGGAUGUGGACUACAGCGCCACGGUGGACCAGCGGCUGCCGGAGUGCGAGAAGCUGGUGGCGGAAGGUAAACUCCAGGAGGUGAUUGAAAUACUUCUGUCCUUGGAAAAACAGACUCGAACAGCUUCUGACAUGUUGUCAACGUCGCGUAUUUUGGUGGCCAUAGUGAAAAUGUGCUAUGAAGCCAAAGAGUGGGACCUGCUGAAUGAAAAUGUUAUGCUGCUUUCCAAGAGGAGAAGUCAACUUAAACAGGCCGUGGCUAAGAUGGUCCAGCAAACCUGUAAAUACGUUGAGGAGAUAACAGACCUUCCAAUCAAACUGCGAUUAAUCGACACGUUGCGGACGGUUACAGAAGGAAAGAUAUAUGUAGAAAUCGAACGUGCUCGUCUCACAAAUACCCUGGCUGGCAUUAAGGAACAGAGUGGGGAUGUGAAUGAGGCAGCCUCCAUCUUACAGGAACUUCAGGUGGAGACAUAUGGCUCAAUGGAGAAGAAGGAGAAAGUAGAAUUUAUUUUGGAGCAAAUGCGCCUCUGCUUGGCUGUUAAAGAUUACAUUCGCACCCAAAUCAUAAGCAAGAAAAUUAACACUAAAUUUUUCCAAGAUGAGAACACGGAGAAGAUGAAGUUGAAGUAUUAUAACCUCAUGAUUCAGCUGGAUCAACAUGAAGGCUCCUACCUGUCCAUAUGCAAACACUACCGGGCUAUCUAUGACACCCCCUGCAUUCAGGCCGAGAGCGACAAGUGGCAACAGGCUCUGAAAAGCGUUGUAUUAUACGUUAUUUUAUCCCCAUACGAUAAUGAACAGUCUGACCUGGUCCACAGGAUAAGUACUGACAAGAAGCUGGAAGAUAUCCCCAAAUAUAAAGAUCUGCUGAAACUUUUUACCACAAUGGAGUUGAUGCGGUGGAGCACGCUGGUGGAUGAGUAUGGCAAGGAACUAAGAGAGGGCUCCCUGGACAGUGUGGCUACAGAUGUCUUCAGCUGCAAUGAGGAGGGAGAGAAACACUGGAAAGAUCUAAAGAACAGAGUAGUGGAGCAUAAUAUAAGAAUUAUGGCAAAAUAUUACACACGGAUUACAAUGAAGAGAAUGGCUCAAUUACUGGAUCUCUCCAUUGAUGAGUCUGAGGAAUUUCUCUCUAAUUUAGUCGUGAACAAGACCAUUUAUGCAAAGGUGGACAGGCUGGCUGGCAUAAUCAACUUCCAGAGGCCGAAAGAUCCCAAUGACCUCCUUAAUGACUGGUCCCAGAAAUUAAACUCUCUAAUGGCGUUAGUCAAUAAAACAACACAUCUUAUAGCCAAAGAGGAGAUGAUCCACAAUCUGCAGUGAAAUGGCAAUACCAUACCAUUACUGGAAUAAACUACUGGUGGGCAAGGUGCCAGCUUGUAAUGUGUUAUAGGCAAUGGGCACCAUCGGGCUCAAUCCUACGCUUUUCCAGUGUAUAAAAUUAUGUUUUUUUUAAUGUCACUUUGUAUGUCUUGAGACAGAGGAAUUAAGGAAUAAUGCAUUUUCUUUUUUUUUUUCUUUCUUUUGUUUAUUCUUAAUAAUAAAAUAUACAUGUACUGUCA